GACACAAUGCCCACCACUGUGGUAUAGAAGAGACGUGUCGCUGAAAUAGCAAUGAAACUGCAAUCAACAAUUACAUGAAGUUGACAAAUUGACUUACAUGUGAGGAAAACAUUGCUUCUGAGUUGCUUAAGAUCCAUUCGUACUGAUAUCUGGGACAUCUUCACCGCGAUCAGAUUAACCCCACCGCUCGGUCUUGUCACAUGAGAGUCAUGUGACCGAGUACAACAUGGAGGAAGUGGGAGUUCGGACUUUGUAGUUCUCGUGCACCAUGCAUGGUAACAGCUCUUGACCCACAUAUAUGUGUGUGGACGGAUUAGAUAAAGCUGGAAAAAUGUAUAUUGCCACAGGAUACGUCUUGUUUUUGACUUUUGUGUUACCGAACGUGGUCAGUUCCAAGACAAGAAAUGUUUUGGUGAUUGUAGGUGACGAUGCAGGGUUCGAGACACAGGUGUACAACAACUCGGUAUGUCGCACCCCGAACAUCAACAAGCUGGCAGCCCAGAGUGUCGUCUUCAAGAAUGCCUUCACUUCCGUCAGCAGCUGUUCACCUAGCAGGUCGGCCAUCUUGACAGGACUGCCGCAGCACCAAAAUGGCAUGUAUGGCCUGCAUCACAGCGUGCAUCACUUCAUGUCCUUCGACAAGGUGCAGAGUCUGCCCAGGAUCCUCCAACAAGCAGGUGUCAGGACAGGAAUUGUGGGUAAGAAGCAUGUAGGUCCCGAGCCAGUGUACCCGUUUGACUUCUCCCAGACGGAGGAGAACCAUCCGAUCCUACAGGUGGGGCGGAACACCACAUUCAUCAAGCAGUACGUCCGCGAGUUCCUGGCCGCCAAUGACAGCAGACCAUUUUUUCUCUACAUUGGUUUCCAUGACCCCCACCGCUGUGGCAGCACCCAGCCUCAGUAUGGGCAAUUCUGUGAGAAGUUUGGUAACGGGGAACCAGGGAUGGGUUUGAUCCCAGACUGGAAGCCAGUCAAGUACUCUCCUGAUGAGGUAGUGGUACCCUACUUUGUACAAGACACACCAGCUGCUCGGGCAGACAUUGCAGCACAGUACACGACUAUCAGCAGACUUGAUCAGGGUAUCGGGAUGCUGAUGAAGGAGCUACAGGAGGCAGGUGUGGCAGACGACACGCUCAUCAUCUACACAUCUGACAAUGGCAUCCCCUUCCCCUCUGGCCGCACCAACCUCUACAACCCUGGCAUGGCUGAACCCAUGCUGGUGUCCUCCCCAGCACAUAGGAAACGCUGGGGGCAGGAGAGCAGUGCUAUGGUCAGCCUGGUAGACAUCGUCCCAACUGUGCUGGAGUGGUAUGGCUUACAGUACCCUAACUACGUCCUCAACCAGCAGCCCGUCAAGCUGACUGGUCGAUCUGUCCUCCCCAUCCUCCAGGUGGAGCCACCAACAGGCUGGACCUCCGUCUACGCCAGCCAUGAUCUGCAUGAGGUCACAAUGUAUUACCCAAUGAGAGUCGUUCAGACUACCCGCUACAAGCUCAUUCAGAACAUCAACUUCAAGAUGCCAUUCCCCAUCGAUCAGGACUUCUAUCUCUCUCCAACAUUCCAAGAUAUCCUAACCCGCACAAGACAAGGCCAGCCUUUGCCAUGGAUAAAAACAUUGCGGGAAUAUUAUUACCGCAGUCAGUGGGAACUGUUUGACCUUGAACUUGACCCAAAGGAAACCAAGAACUUGGUGAAAGAUGCAGGAUAUGCAAACAUCCUGAAGCAGUUGCAGAUGGACCUGACUCAGUGGCAGAAUGUCACUGCCGACCCCUGGAUCUGUGCCCCCGGGGGAGUUUUAGAGGCUAAAGGUGCUCACAAACUAAACCCCCAAUGCAUGCCCUUAGACAACAUGCUGGAUGAGGACAUCCCACAAUACAGGACAGAGGACCUUUAUAAUGUCCAACAGCUGAACACAUGACUUGACUGGUUGUUGCUCCAACACUUCAUGGUUCCAAGACCAUCUUCACAAUAUGGCUGACAUAUUGCUGAUGUGACUUCAAACUCACUUUAACUCCAGUGCCAUCUGUAUUCUGGGGUUGCACAUAAGUGCUAAACAGCUUUGACCAUCAUCACCUUUGGCUUUCCUCCAUAAGCUUAACUACUGUUGAAAAUGGUGUUUAAACCAAUUUCCCAAUGCAUGGAAACCUGACAAUGUCUUCCAUAAAAUCGGUACAGAUAUGUAUUAUGCAUACCAUUGCAGUAGGAUGUAUUGUACAUAUAAAAUGUUUUCUGAUCUUAGAAUCUUCCUGCAAUUUGCUGUGCCCGGGAACAUACGAUGUUCAAAUCCCAUAUUCAUUCAAAACUGAAUAACAGCAGCAAAAUCCUUGUCCUAUUGAAUUCAGCAUAGAUUCUUCAACUUUCCAAGUACUGGUGCCAUCAUAGUUUGUUCAGUCGAACAAGUUACAAAGGGGUAAGCUCAGUAGUUGGAACAGUGAAACAAAUGCAUGUGUGGUACGUGAUGAGCCUUAACUUAGACCAACCCUACAUGUUCU